CGAAACCGGUCGUGGUAUCUUCUUUGAUUCUUUCAGAAAUGAAUUCUGUCUGAGUCUCUAGUAACUAAGAAGGCGGUUGUAAAAUUACUAAAUAUAAUUAAAUUUAAGUCGAGUUUCAUAUACAGAUGUUUCAAUCAGAUACUGAAAAUGAAAUAGAUUGUUCCAUCAAAAUCAACCUCGCUAACUCGUUUCGUUCUCGAGUUAUCUAAAAAUGUAUCCAAUGUCAUUCUAUUUUAGAAAUAAAUAGUAAUAACAAUGACUCUUUUUUUUUGUUGACAGAGAUCAAUCUGUUAUUCUACUAUAAGUUUUAUUCUUCUAUUGUAAAAUUUCUUUUUUUUUUUUCAUAGUCAAGAAAAAUCGGAUCUAGCCGAUACAAUCAUAACUUCACGGGCCGAUCAACCUGAAGAAGAAGUAGAAACAACAAAGGAACAAAAUCAUGAUCAAGUAUUAUUGAUUUUGUUUGAUCCAAUAGCGGAUAAUAAGUCGCAAAUAUUAAAUGAACAUUUAUCUCAAGUAGACGAUGUUGUAUUUUACACUGAUCAAUCCACAUGUGUAAAUGAUAUUUGUGUAAAUGAAAAGGAAACAAUAUUUUUGGUUGUAUGUAGUAAUAAUCCGUCUGAAAUAAUUCAACUUGUUGAUAAUAAAACUCAAGUUGAUUCUAUAUUUAUAUUUUGUAAAGAUGAGUCUGAACUAUGUGAUGAGGCAGCAUUAAAAAGUACUUAUACAAAAAUUGUUGGCGUAUUUACUAAUUAUGUUGCUAUUUCUAAAAAUAUUCGAAAUGGUAUGAAUUCAAUUGGAAAACAAUCAGCUGCAUUUAGUUUAUACGAUCAAACACAAAAAGCAACAAGAGAUUUAAAUAAAGAAUCUGGAUCAUUUUUAUUUUUUCAAUUAUUUAAAGAUGUUUUAUUAGAUAUGCCAAAAACUGUUCAAUCAAAAAUGGAUAUGAUUGAAAAAUGUCGUUCUUAUUAUCGUGGUAAUAGAAAAGAAAUGGAAAAUAUUGAUUUAUUUGAACAAAGUUAUAAAGAUUCAGAAUCUAUACCAUGGUAUACAAAAGAAUCAUUUUUAUAUAAACUUGUUAAUAAAGCUUUAAGAACAGAAGAUGUUGAAGCAUUAUAUACAUUUCGAUAUUAUAUUGCAGAUUUAUGUAUUAAUCUUGCAAAAAAAUUUCGUGAAUUAAAACGAAAACAACAGAAAAAAUCAACAACGGUUAUUAAACUUUAUCGUGGAUUACAAAUGGGAAAAAAUGAAAUUGAAAAUUUAAAAUUAAAUGUGGGUAAUUUAAUGUCAACAAAUGGUUAUUUAUCAACAAGUCAAUCUCGUCAAGUGGCAACUGAUUUUGCUAAAAAACCAACAAAACGAGACGAUAUUGAAGCGGUUUUAUUCGAAAUUUGUGUAGAUAUUGAUGUAGUAGAAAAAAUAGUAUUAGCUGAUAUUGCUGAAUAUAGUGCAUUUCCAGAAGAGGAAGAAGUUCUUUUUGAUAUUGGUGCUGCAUUCAAAAUUGAUAGUUUUAUUUAUGAUGAGGAUGAAAAAUUGUGGAUGAUGAACACAACAGCAACAGAUAAAGGUGCUGAAUUAGCAAAAGAAUAUACUGAAUAUCAAAAGAAAAAAGUAGCCGAUUCAAAUAUUGUUUUAAUGUUUGGACAUUUACUUGCUGAUAUGGGUGAAUUUGAAAAAUCUCAAAAAUAUUUUGAAAAUGUUCUAAGUGGUAGUCCAAAUGACGAAGAAGUAGCAUGUGUUUACAAUAAUAUAGCUCGGGCUCUUCGACUUAAAGGUGAAUAUACGCGUGCAUUAGACAAUUAUCAAAAAUCAUAUAAUUUACAUAUGGCCGCUAAACAUCCACGUUAUGUUAGUGCUAGUAAAACAUUAAACGGUAUCGGUAUUACCUAUAGUGAAAUGAAAGAUUAUCCAAAAGCUUGGGAAUGUUUUCAACGUGCAUUGAAAUUAUAUGAAAAAUGUUUACCGGAAAAACAUUUGGAUGUAGCUGCUACAUUGGGUAAUUUAGGUACAGUUCUUACAGAACAAUAUGAAAAUGAAAAAGCACUGGUAUAUUUAAAACGUGCUCAAAAAAUAAAUACAUCAUUAUUACCUCAUAAUCAUCCAAAUGUGGCUACAACUCUAGCUAAUAUUGGAAAUGUUUAUUACAGAAAUCAUAACUAUGAGCAAGCACGUGAAUGUUACGGAAAAGCACAUAAAUUAGCACAAACAACAUUGCCAGCUAAUCAUCCACUUGUGUUAAAUAUAGAAAGAUGUCUAUCACUAAUAGACGAUAUUAUAAUAACAUAUCACUAG